UCAUACCUUCGGGAAAGGCCGAAUUAUUUUCAGACAAAUUCAAGUGAGCGAAAAGAAGCGUUUCUUUGGUAUAGGACCUCGAAUUUAGAAAAAACGUUGGCCUAUUUUGGAAUAACCACGGAUAUGCAAAUACCCUAUGGUGAGUGUUACUUCCAUGCUUCCGAAGUUAAUUUUUUUUCAAACGGUUUCUUUAGUGUGGUUGCUUUAAUUACUAGUGACGGCUUUUUUGGAAAUGAACUACAGGCCAAGACUUAUACAUUCGUUAAAACAAACUUGCAUAUAACUUGUGAGCCUACAUUUUAUAUUCCUCGUUGUCAUGACUCAAGUCGUCCACUACACUAUGAAACUUCAAAGGUUGUGGUCAUAAGGGCUGUAUUUACUCGACACUGUCCUAUGGACAACUUUAUUCAAUAUUAUUGGACUCUUCAUGACAGUACGGAGACAGAACUUUUGGGUUUUUUGGCUGUGACUAUGAGACCAGAAUUUAAGAUAAAGAAAUAUCUUCUUAAUUUGAGCCAACAGUCACCAUUAAAUCGAAUGGUGCUAGUUCGUGUCAAUGCUAAAAUAGUUGGGCGCCGCGUACCUCUUGUUGCAAGGACCAGCCAUAUUGAUGGAAAGCAAGGACCAGCACCUGCUGGUUUGCAGGCAUUUAGUCUUCCUUUUUCGCUGAUCUACUGGGGUACCUCUUCCAGCACCACCGAACAAGUUGUCUGCGACCAACGUCUGCAGACCGAUAUUAAAUAA